AUGCAUCGCGGGGCCCUCCCCUGCGGGCAGGCGGCGGCCGGGAACUACAUUUCCCAGGCGGCCGUGGGGCAGCGGUGGCCGUGUGUCCCCUCCCCCUCCCGUGGUCGGUCGCCGGAGUGGAUCUCUGGAGGCAGCAGGAGACGGGUGCCCCCAGUCCUGUGUGGCUCCCUCAUCCUUCCCUCCCUGACGGAGGCGCAUCCUGGGGACGCUGUCAUUGAUGUGAAGAGUCCAGAUCUCGGGGAGAGGAGCUCUGUCACCGCUCCCCUUGGCAGCUCCGGCUGCCUCGGGUGGGGGUUUGGGGCGUGGUGGUUCAGUGGCUGCAACCCCCCUCCCCAAGCCACCUACCCGGGGGCCAUGGAGCGGGUGCAGAUGAUCAACAUCCAGCGGCUGCUGGAGGCGGCAGAGUAUCUGGAACGAAGGGAGAGAGAGUGUGAGCAUGGCUAUGCCUCGACCUUCCCCUUGUUACCAAGCCCUGGACUGCAGGAUCCAAAGCCAAUGCGGAGGCUGAGCCGAGUGAGGAAACACAGCAGCGGGGGCAGCAGUACAAGCACUGCCAACAGGUCUACACACAACGAACUGGAGAAGAACCGACGUGCUCACCUACGCCUGUGCUUAGAACGUUUAAAGGUUCUGAUACCACUAGGACCAGACUGCACCCGGCACACAACCCUUGGGCUGCUUAACAAAGCCAAAGCACACAUCAAGAAACUUGAGGAGGCCGAGAGGAGAAGCCAACACCAGCUUGAACACCUGGAACGAGAACAAAGAUUCUUAAAGAGAAGGCUGGAACAACUGCAGGGUCCUCAGGAGAUAGAACGAAUACGAAUGGACAGCAUUGGCUCAACCAUUUCCUCUGAUCGCUCGGAUUCAGAGCGAGAGGAGAUUGAAGUGGAUGUUGAAAGCACAGAGUUCUCCCAUGGAGAAGUGGACGAUAUCAGCACAACCAGCAUCAGUGACAUUGAUGAUCAUAGCAGCUUGCAGAGUGUUGGAAGUGACGAGGGUUAUUCCAGUGCCAGCGUCAAACUCUCGUUCGCUUCCUAGAACAAAGUGAGACAACAAUGCAGGGCGGAUUAUUCCACUGGAGUAAUCGGAGUUCAGACUGGAUUCUAGAUGCAGUAUCCUCUUUUAGAAAUGACAUGUCAACAGCUAGACCGGAACAGACCUAUAUAUAUGUACCCCUUGGGCAAUAGGAGGCCUCCAUAGGAACCCAUGUAUGUCCAUUGGUUCAUAUUGCAGAAGCCUGGUUUCCCCUAGUGUAGUGAGACUGAACCCUGGCCCUUCUGAAGUCAGUGACAAAACUCCAGUUGGCUUCAGUGAGACUUGGAUUUGGCCCUUACAUGAUGAAUUACUUUGCUUUGACUUUGUUUAUUUGAAAGAGGAUAGUGGAGAUUCAGCCCCUCUCUCUUUCAAUUUGUCAUUAGAUCUGAGAAACGUCCAGUUUUUCUCAUACUGCAUUCAGAUAGAACAACUUGGUUUAGACCCUUCUGGAACUUUCCUGGUCCUGAAAUGACUCUGUCCUAAUGUGUGAUCACCAUCAGGCAUUAUAGUAACAUAGCAGGAAGUCACAGCAGCUUGGCCAUGAAGACGUAUCACACAACCUAUGAAUAAUAAUAGGUAUUCAGUUCAUGCCCAGAGAGAGAGGCAACAGUGAAGAUUUUUCAGGAGAAAUCACCAUUCAGCUCAACGUUCUAUUGGACAUCAUUUAAAGCAAGUACCUUUAUCACACUGCUAGCACUAGGGUACUAAACUGUAAUCCACCAGCACGUGGCGGGCUGCGUUGUGGAGUCCAACAGCAGUGCUCCCCUAGAGAGAAAGAGAGAGACUCUCUCUCUCUCUCUCUCUCUCUCUGUCUCUCUGACAGAAAGAAACCAGCGUGUGGAAAGUCAUGCCCAGAUUCUGAGCCACUAUGACCUUUUUUAUUUAAAGAUCUUUUGAUAAACGUUUGUAAAUGUGUUGGGAGUAAAAACACUCCAAAUGUGACACGUCUUUUUAGAUGUCUUUUAUAAUGGAUUAACGCCACUGAAAAGGUAUCUGUUUUGAUGCAGCACUUGACCUGGUGAAACACAAAAAUGCUCUUUGCCGUGCACAAAACAAACAAGGUCUGUGCUGGCUUGGAAAGGUCAGGGUUGCUGAGUUUUUUGGUUUCCUUUUUUUUAGUCAUUCCCCUUGCAAACUUUGAAGGCACCUGAUCCCCUACAGUAGUCAUAGUUCAAUAGUUAACAUAGUUAAGCUCAGCACUUGUCUCAUCUUAAUGUAACAUUUGGCCUGCGCACAUCCCCAUGUGUAUCCAGUAUCUCACCUGUGCAGGUGCUGUUGCUGUUGAGAGCUAUUGUAUCGAAUAUUUUAUAAUUUUCUUGGAGGUGAGAUUUCUAACCUGCACUUUGAGGGCUUUGCUUUCUUGUUUUGUCUUUUUUUUUUUUUUUUUUUUAAUGGUGAGAAUUAUAUUUUUCUUUUCCAGGUUAAAAACCUUCUUACAGAGACCUCACCAAUGGCAUUGUUUGAAAUUUUGUAUACCUUUAAGUAAUUUAACUACCCUCUCAUUACUAAGGAAAAAAAUAAAAGGAAAAAAAUGCUUUAUAAAAUUCAUAACUUAUUGCUGAUUUGAAUGGGUUGUUAAUUUCAGUCCUGUUUUUUUUUUAUUGUUUUUUGGUAGGGCUGGGCAAAAAAAAAAAAAAUGAAGACAACCUUAUUUAGCAGUGCAGUAGAAUUGUGUUUAUAUGUUAGAAUAUGGUCCCACAUUAAAGUAGCACUUUAACACCAUUAAAUAUUUCUGGAUCUGAAAUGAAUUGUAUUCCUCCGUCUUGGUUGCUCAUAUGACUUUAGCAUACACAUGUUCAUUCUUGGGCUCUUCUUGUACCUGGAGGGGAAAAAAGUGUAUUCCCCUUUAAUCCCGCGAAAAGAAGAUCCUGAAUCAUUUAAUGUAGAUUUUGUCUAAUUUCUGUAAAUUGCAUGUGUUUGAACAUUCCUAUGUUACCAAAUCCCCCCUGUGAUAUGACGUCAUACAGUAUGAGAGACAAAAUCCCUCUUCAUGGAGUGGAGGAAUAAUCUUUCCAUGCUUUGAUGGCUGUCCUCAGCAGCAAUACAAACCGGCCAGUUAAUGGAGUUAUUCCUUCAGCUGAAUUGGGGUUGGAGAUUCUUUGUUUUAUUUUCAGGCUGCAUAUCAUGGAAUUGAUCCUUGAUAACAAUUCUAGAACCUGUAUGUAGGCAGCUAUGGAUUGUUACAUGUAUUUAUCAGCUUACGUCAAUGGGGCUACUCAUAUUAGUAAGAAGAAAUCAAGUGCAUAAAGAUUGAAGGAUCACGUGUGAACUGAUAAUCAUUGACUGAGCCCCCACAACUACCAAUGUUUGCCCAUACUAGAAUGAUCAACAGUUGGAAUUUAUACCUGACACUGUUCAAAUGAGCUCUGAUAGCCACUAUUUUGUGGCAGUCUCACUGCAGCAAUGAAAUGGUGGAAAAGAAUUUAACACAGACAGAGGAUGAUCUUCAGUUACUGUCGAUGGACUCUUGUGGUGGUCAGCUUCUUUGGAGAUGAGUCCCACUAUUCACGAUCACUAGGGAACUCCAGCCAUCCUGGACAGCCUUCUGGUUCUUCCUCUUUUGGCUGUGUAUUUUUUGGAUCAAAAAGUACACGUGGGCGAUGGUAAAAAGGUUGCUUGGCAAAUAAAUCACAUUUGAGAAAUAUAAAAGUUAGAGAACUUUAUCUAUUUUAAUUUUUUUUGUAAAGGAAGAAAAUCAGUGUUGGGCAGUCCUGGCAGAGUAGGGCUAUCCCAGAGUGUGUUCUUGGAACCAAUUUUUCUGAAAGGCUUUCCAGUAAAGCCACCCAUUGUAUGCCCUUUGGGAUCACUUUGAUAUUGGCUGUCAUCUUUAGGAGUGCAGUCAAGGGUCUUGAAAUGUCUGGAAAUUUCAAUUCCAAAUAGUGCAGCUGGAAGGGAGGGAAAUGUAAUCCACUUGGUAGCUUCCAUCUAUGCUGUCUUACUUGCUGAUUCAUUGGGUGGGUCACUUAUCAGUGUCCUCAUAGAGAGAGCCUUUAAAGGACAAACACAAUUAUCCUACAAAUCUUUAUAAUAGUAGUUAAUGACAAAAGUUGGCUGCUUAUUGGUGAUUGAGUCCCUUCUAGGGAUUUCAUUGUUUCAGUUCCUUUCAUACCUCUGGACAUUAGUGGAAGAUCUGCUGUGUGAGAGAAAUGUUUCCACAGCUGCUUUGUGAUGUUGGUUCAAUCCCUUUUUCAUUGCUUUAAUACUAUAUUGUUAGCACUAGCUUUUCUUUAUAAUUUCUUCUAAAAACUAAGCUAACGUUAGUUAUUUUGUUUUGUUGUUCUAGCCUUUUGCAUCGGAAUGUCCAAGACAGCAGAUUGGCCCAGAGAAGCCACCAUCAAUGAUCGAGCAGAUCAUCAUAACUAAUUGGCCUAUAUUAUGUAAAUCAGAUUAGGUGACGGUCCCUUCUGGUUAUAAAACAUAAAAAUCAAAGUAAUCGUCCCCUUUGUGAUAAGCCAGAAUAGUCUAGUGUUUUGGAUCUGUUUAAAGAUCACCACCAGCCUUAAAAAUAUCAGUUGCUGCUAAAUUCCCUUCUGUCUUUUCAAACAGAGUCAUCAGCUUGAGAUGUAAAUCCAAGGAAGCAUGUCUGAUCUUGUUUUCCCCAGGAAUUGAAAUUAGGGGAGGUGUUUGAAUUUACGGGAGGUGUGUGUGUCAGGGAUGAUGAGGGGUGAGACCAUGAGGGUGAAGCUGGGCUGUAUGGCACCGUAGUAAAAACUGAAAAUCGUUUCAUUACCAUUUUAUUAGAUUUAACUCGUUUUAAAAUCAUCACACAAAUUAAAGUUGGCUUCUCAAGUCUUCUGUGAAGCACGACAUCUACAUCCUUCUUGGUUUCUUGUUAUAUUUUUGCACAACUCUGUUAAUGAACUUCUUGAAUGCAAUGAGUUCAUCUUUGGUGGGUUCUCAUGUGUCCAGUCCUUCCAGUCCUUCGGUUGAUAUGCUCAUUAGUUCAUUCACAUGAUCAGGCAGAAGGUGACUUCUUUCUGAAUGCAAAAUUCUAUUCAGUAAUGAAAAAGAAUGCUCAACUGUGGCUGUUGUGACUAGGAGUAGCAAGAGAUGAAUUCCUAUUUCUUUCAUCCCAGGAAAUAUAGCAUAAAGAUUGAGUUGAACCACUAGUGAUAAUAAAAAAGAAGUUGAAGUCAAAUCUUCAUUCAUUCGUCGUAUGAUAUUCCACUCUGUGUUCAAAUUCUCUCUCCUGUCCUGAGCAUAUGGCAGCCCCAUUGUUGGUAGUGCCUCACUCCACCCAACUGUUGGUGUUUUAUAGGACAGGGAUCUGUAAAAGUGACAUAGAGGUUGAGUAGAAUCUACAAGUGUCUGUUGUAGAUUUUUAAGAAUCAAGUCUGUGUACUUUUUCAGUUGUCAACAAACACUUCUUGUCCUCUUCACUUAAGGAUUCAAUAUAAAUGCCUUCAUUAGUCAACUUCUGGACUGAAGUCUUUGCAUCUUCCAGUACUUUUUCAAUGGAUAGCUCUCUGAUCCAAAUGUAGCUUCUAUUGCUGGACAAAGAUCUACUAUUUUGUAGCAGAUGCCUGGAUGGCAUUGUUUAAUGACCCAAGUGGUUUCAACAGUAGACUUACAAGAGAGAGAACGAACGUAGUAGUGAAAGUAAUUCACCAGCCUCACUACUUAGAUCCAUCCCAUCUUGGUAGAUACUUUCCAAAGCCAGUAAUAAUGGCUGGAGUAAUUUUAAGACAACAGCCAACGAUCGUUCAUGAGAAUGCCAGAGGGUUUUCCCAGGUUGGACUACUUUGAACUUGAGUACCAGUGUAUCUUCUGUAUUUUCCAAGAUACUCAGUCUUUUUGGACUCUUGCUGAAAAAAGAAUAUAAUGAAGACAUUACAUUUAUAGCUUUUAAAAUGUCUUUUGAAGAGUCUGCAGCUUGUACUAGCAGUAGUUGGAAUAGAUGGCCUCUGCAGUGUGUAUAGGAGAGAUUAGGGUUACACUUUUCUCUGAGCAAAGCUUGUACUCCACCAUGUCUUCCAGAGAAGUUUGCAGCUCCAUCAAAUGAACAAGCAGCCAUCUGUUUGGGGUCCAGUUGACAAGCAUUUAAUUCUAAGAUGUGGGUUGUCACCGAUUCUUCUGUAACUUGAACAUCUAGAAAUGCAUCUACUGGCCUACCACUGACAUCAAGAUAACGUACGCAGUGCCCUAAUACUUAUGCCUAUUUGCAUCAGUGCAUUCAUCAGCCAUGUAUGCAAAUUUUUUGAUUGUGGUGAAAGAGUUCUUCACUUUUUCAGUUGUUGAGUCUUUCGCUGUUGCACCACAUGCUUCUAGCCAGUCAGUUGAGUGUCUUGCAGAAAGAUAGUGAGCGUUUGCUGGUCUUGUUCAGAACCAGUGUUCAACUUCAGGAUGAACAAGUGACAAUGCAUUUCACCUUGGCCUCCAGUUUUUAGUGUGUGAUAUCUCUUGCUUAAAUAGAAAGUAUGAUGCCACAGACAUGUUUGUUUGAAUGAACUGCAUUGUGUCUCCAGCAUUCUUAACAGCCUCAUUAACACUCACCAGUAUUGUCCUUGGUCAGUGGAGACUCAGAGCUCAGAGGUGCUUUCUCAUGAGUUGACCUCCCAGGCGGGGGCAAGAAGGCACCUUUCUCGUUCCUCCAGCUGCUCACUGUUCGCUCUAGCCACUGUUGUUCAUUUUGCCACUAUUAACUCCACGGCUCUGUUGCCAAUGGCCCUGCGCCAUCACCUUCUGCUGUCACCUGCCACUGUGACCUCUGCGAGUUGGUCUCUUGAGGUUCCACCCAGCUCUCAGAGAUUUCAGCUGAGCUCUCAGUGGGGGAACCUCACUGUUAGUGCAGACUGGGCUGUCUCUUCCACAGAAACACUGUCUGCUUAGACCUGAUUAUCAGUGAUUUUAGCUGUAAUGGUCACAUAACAAAACAAAAGACUGUCUAAGGAGUUUAAUCAGCUCUUUCUUUAAACAGUGGAGAGGAGCAGGUCAAAUCGUACUUGUGACUCAGGGAGACCAUCAAGCACAACACCUGAUCCCAUGCUCUCUCUUGAUGCACUCAAUCAGCACAGGCUAAGUACAGUUCUACUGCCCUUUACUCAUACAAUAAGAAUAACAAUAUUUAAUUACACCCCACAAAAGUAAUUUGUAACCCAACCCCAGCCAAAAUCUAUCACUUGGGGAACACAGGUCUGUUUUCUGAAUACCUAGGUAGAUUAGGUGUGACUGUAAAUAUAAUCUGGUCCUGAAGCCUUUUCCCCAGAUCAUCACUAGCUGUCAGAUUAGAGCUCAUUUAGACUCUGCUUACAAAUCAUAAUUUGAAAUUAGGUUGGCCAACAUCACCGAAAUGAAUGCACUGACAUUGUCAUAAAAAACAACAGCUGUAUAAGAAAGCUAGUCUAUGUUCAUACUUUUCAAAUCUAUUAUAAUUUUUCAGAUACACAGUUUAUCAUACACUGUAUAUGCUUUGAAAGUGUGUAUUAAUGUUUUAAUUGCCAUUCAAAUUUCCAAACAAUCACUAAAUUGGCAACACUGCAUGUAACUAGUUCACAAAACAGGGUGUGUAGAGAAAUCCUUGGUUCCACCAAAGCACUUAGCUCCAACAGAACAGCAAAGCAAGUCAAAAUUAUGCAUCUACUUCUCCCCAUUCUUCAGAACUGAGAAAUGCCCCCCAAAGCUUUUGGUCUUCGUACCUAUUCAUGUACUAUUCUGUUAUUACUGAGAUAGCAGUAAUUUCUUCAGCUGACUUAUGUAAUGCAGUUCUUCCUGAAAGUCUCCCAUUUGUUGUCUUAAGACACUGUUCAUCCAAAGCUGAAACAUUUGAGCCUUUAAUAUUACCCGUCUGUGCUAGCACACUUGGAUGGAACUCCAUGACUAGUUACUGUCCCGAGAAUCCACUAUGUCAACAUAAGUCUGGGAUCAAGGCUUUUAUGUGUGUGUUGACAUCCUGACUUCCCCCCCCCCCCUGUCUAGUUUUCUGCAUUUUAGAAAUCAGAUCCAACCCCCAGAAGAGCAGGAUUGUUCUUUGUGCAAGCAGCUCUUUUUCCAAAAAAAAAAAAAAAAGAGAGAUUGGAGGACAUUUCAGAUAUUGGCUACAUACUUAGAAGCAUAGCAGAAGGUGCAGGAAUUUUGAUGGGUCCAUAUAGUUUCCAUAGGUUUGUUAACCAAUAUGGUUAAGUCCAAGUUGAGAAGCUACAGCAAAUCCAUUCCAGAAUGAAUUUCUGCAACAUAAACCUCCUUAAGGCAUUGUCUGAACUCUGUCCCAAAGGUACUUUCCACCCCAGAACACCACUUUUAGUUAUACCCACUCUCCCCUUCAGAGUUGGGUAAUUGAGGCCCUGAGCCUGGAAAACUCCACGGUUUCAGUGCCCAAGACUGUAACUUGGGUACGUGCAGCUCCUUCAACAGAGUUUAUGUGAAUGAUAAUCCCCAAAUGGCAAAUAAGGCAUGUUGGUCAAGUAUAAUCUUAGUUUAUGGCUAGAGGUUCUUUCCUCAUUGGAGCAUCAGAUGAGGGUGACCUUUGAUGCUACUGAAACAUGUAUAAGUGAGAGAGGAUACAGCAGAGUAAGAUACUUUUACUCUUGGGCUUAGAAGAUGUUGUCAGACAUGCAUGUCUUGAGGUAUUUGAAUUACAAUAAGAUGAGCAGGAAAGUCUCAUUAGACGAGCUCCUGCCCAACAAAAAAGUUGAUAAUGAAGCUACAUUUACUUCCUUCAGACUUACUUCAAAACCUUCUGUGCUUUCCAUGCCUUAGAGUUCAAGGAUGCCUGUGUCUAGGUGAGGAUGUAGCUCUGAUACAUGUGCUUCAGUGUUGCCUUUUGAGCUGGUGGUGCAUCCAUUUGUGAUCAGGAAUUCUUAAAUUGUAGGUUAGUAGCAUAGAUUGGGAGUUAUGCAAUUUGUUCAUUCCUGAAAGGUCAGGCACCAAAUGGUUUGGUAUGUCUGCAGGGGAAUCCAUGGAGUCAAGUGAAGGUGCAGCCUUGACUAGAAGAUGUCAGUUAUCUUAUAGGCCCCCUUUGCUAUGAUGCCAAUCACAUAGUCCUUUAUUGUCCCUAUAAACAACUGCAUCAUUAUCUCAUUUCUUCUAAAGCCUUAUCUUAGUCCCUUAGCAGCAGAGAGUGAAACUCUCAUUAACUUUAGUGGGAACAGAAUUGAGUCCUUUUUAUCCAAAGCACUUUAUUCCCACUUUAAUCCAUUUAGCGGCAGUAUCAGCUUUCUGCUUACCACCACAUGGCAGACACACGUUUCCUUUUCCUCCAUCUAAACUUGCCUAUUCUCAUCACAUAGCACUUUGCGUCACAAACUAUCUCUUUAGUCCUCAUAAAAUUGACCAGCCGUCCUCCUUGAUGUUUUUCCAGGCUUGUUUCCUACAUAAGGUUAUUUUUUGUUGUGGCAGUUACUUGGGCUUGUAGAUUCUGUGAACCACACAGUCUCUAGUGCAAGCUCCAAAUCCAUCCUCUACUAAAUUUUACAGAAAUAAGGUGGCUUUCCUUUAAUCAUCCCAUCCGUGUUACCCUCCACAUAUGCUGCCUCCCCCAGAAGCUCAUACUGGUGAGUCCUCUACGCAUAAAUUAGGUCUCUAAAAGGUCCUUGUGCUACAGAAAAACUUGUUAAAAAGGCGAUCCAGUAUUUUCCCUCUUUUGACAUACAUUACAAUACAUUACAGCAUGUCAUCUUGUGUCCGAGAAUGAGGUGGGGGGAUGGGUGGCUUGCUGCAUUUGGUAUGAUUACUCUUUGGAGGAGGUCAUUUUAAAGCCCAUUCCAUUUGAGGUAUGUCAUUGACAGAAGGUAGCCUCAAAGUGAUCUAUCUUGUGAGACCUGUAGGUAGGGAAAAAUGGAGUUAACUUACAUUUUUUUUUAACUAAAUUUUAUCCUAGACACUCGUGUGCAGAGGAAUUUAGUUCUGACCUUCUUGUUUGUUUGGCAAGGUCUGCUUCUGAGCUGCAAGCUCCAGCACCUUGUUGUCUGAUCUUCUCUUAGGUUGCUUGUUGUGCUGUAUGCAUAGACUUCAUUUGUGCUGCUCAUUCUUUGAACUACCUUAGGACCUGGGCUGCUCCUACUGAAAUGAAUGAGAGUUUUCAAAAUUAAGUUAGUGGGAGCAGGAUAGGCCCGUAGUUACUUGCUCUAAGUUGAUAAUAUUUUUGUCAGGGUCAUAACUUUUGUUAUGUUUGAGUUCCAGUAUUUCCGUGGCAUACUCCCUCUCCUUGAAACCUGGGAGUAGCUGCAGUCCCCAGGAGUGAUCUCCUGACCCCACAGAAGUCAAUGGCAAGGGAACCAGGAUUUCACCCCCAGAGUAGAGAUGUGCAUGAGAAGCUCACCAUUAAAAGAUUAGGUAGGCUGCUUACUUGAAGCUAAUACAAUAACUUUGAUCCAGACUUCUGUGCGCACCUCCCCUUGAAAAAUGGGCGUUGCCGUAUCUUACUAGUGGGACAGAGAGAUUGAGGUUCUGAGGUAGCAUAGAGGGGUGUCUACACAGCAAAGAAAAACCCAUAGUGCCGAGUCACAGAGCCCAACUCACUUUUCUUGGGCUGUGGGAAUAAAAAUAGCAGAGUGAAUGUUCGGGCUUAGGCUGGAGCCUGGGCUCCGAAAUCCUACCCCCUCACUGGGUUUCAGAGCGCAGGCUCCAGCCUGCGUGGGAAUGUCUACACUGCUGUUUUUAGCCCCACAGCUCAAGCCCGAGUCAGUUGACUUCGGCUCUGAGACGGUGCUGUGGGUUUUUUCUUUGCAGUGUAGGGACCGUAGAUACAGAGUGUAUUAAGUUUGGUCCCUCUGGUGGAGAGUUCUAGAAAUGUUGACCUGGGGCCGGACACUGUGUAUCUUGUGUGCUGGAAGGCUGAUAACUAGGACCCUACCAAAUUCACAGCCAUGAAAAACGCAUCACGGACCGUGAAAUCUGGUCUCACCCUAUGAAAUCUGGUCUUUUGUGCACUUUUACCCUAUAUUGGACAGAUUUCAUGGGGGAGACCAGCAUUUCUCAAAUUGAGAGUCCUGACCCAAAAGGGAGUUGCAAGGGGGGUGGGGGGGGGGUUUGCAGUAUUGCCACCCUUACUUCUGCACUGCCCUCAGAGCUGGCUGGCUGGAGAACAGCGGCUAUUAGCCAGGUGUCCAGCUCUGAAGGCAGUGGCCUGCCAGCAGCAGCACAGAAGUAAGGGUGGCAGCACCAUACCAUGCCAUUCAUGCAGGAGCAGCAGCAGUGCAGAAAUAAGGAUAGCAAUACCACAACCCCCUCCCUACAAUAACCUUUUGACCCCCCACACACACGCACACAAUUCCUUUUGGGGUCAGGACUCCCACAAUUACAACACCAUCACAUUUCAGAUUUAAAUAGCUGAAAUCAUGAAAUUUACAAAUUUUAAAAUCCUAUCUCUGUGAAAUUGACCAAAAUGGACUGUGAAUUUGGUAGGGCCCUACUGAUAACCCUACCAGUGCUCCUCUUUUUUCUCUUUGUUCUUGUUUAUUGCAAUAUCUUGCAUGCUCUGUGAAACAUAGCUGGCAGGAUGAAUUUCAUGUUUAUGAGCCUGUACAUUGUCCUUUGCUGACCACAUCUUUCUCAGUUUGCACCUAGAAUUCUACACCCUUCUUAUGGGUGGAUGGAGCCGGGUGGAUGGAGCCAGGUGAUUGCUGAUUCCCUACUGCUGUAGGAAACAGGAUUGAUGGGAUGUGAGGGGGGUCAGCAGACAUGGAAAGCAUUCUCGUUUUGAAAACAUUGUUCAAUUGAAUUAUCAUUUUACAAGGACGGGACCUUCCUGUUUUCGGAAGGGAUGUACCUCAGGUUCCUGCAUCAGAAAUUAAUCUUUUUCACCUAGCCUACCCUGUGGUGCUUCCAGUUAGGAGUCUGUCUUUAUACUUCUCUUUUGCUGCCAUUUAUGAGCACGCCUCUUGACUUUCUUGGGACCACAUAAUGGUGGAAAAGUUCCCUAAUCUGCAAGUUUGUUCCACUGCAGAUGAACAUCAUGUUUGCUAAAAGGAGGUUGCACGGUCUAGUGGAUUGGGCACAUCACUGACUCUUUUCGUCUUGGGUGAAUCACUUAAUCUGUGCCUCAGUUUCCUGAUCUGUAAAUAUAGAUAUUGCCCUACAUCAAGCCAUGUGGUGAGGAUUAAGAUAAUGUUUGAACAGUGCUUUGAACAAGUACUACUCGGGGGGCGGGAAGGGGCGAGCGCUAAAUGUUACUUAGUCUGUUCAGCUAGUCGGGUGACAUUGAUUGGUGUCAGCAUAUUUCUUGGUGAUUUAGAAUCCAUACUGCAAAACAUCCGGUAGCUAUUAUGGGUUUGUGAAGUGUACUCAGAAAUGCUGGAACAAUACAGUGUAAAUGGAUCAAAAAUCAAGCAAUCACAUGAGAAGAGAAGAGUAAAAACCAAUGAGUCCCACUAGUUCAAACGCUAGGGGCAGUAGUGGUGUGGAGUUUAAAGCAUACGGUUAUAUGGAACUUCCCUUCUUCAAGCCCCAUUUUAUUGACUUAGAGGACACUUUCACAUUUCCCAGUACAUCUGACCAAGCAAAGGACCCAAGAGAGCAACAUAGCAAUCUUCAGACCAACCAGAUCUUGUAUUCUUCUCUGUUCUGCCUUUGAUUCCAAUUACUGUUAAAAGAAAUGUUACUGAGACAAAAGUCAUUUUUCUAAAUGCACAAUAGGCCAAAUUCAUCCCUUCUAUAACACACCAUGGAGAUUAACAUUACAGCAGGGAUGGAUUUGGCCCAGCCAGAUAAUUGUGACCUCCAAGAACAUUUGCAGACUCUCCCAUUUAGCUGUAAAGAUGAAAGCCAAAGAAUGGACAAUAGAAGCUGAUCUUCAUGGUGGUUUUAACGUCACAAUCAUGGUUUCAACUUCCACACAGACUUAAUGGUAAUAGAUCAUGUAGAGAACUUGCUUUGGGAUAAUAGUAUUCUAGCAAGCAACUCAUAGCACUCACUGUGGUUAUGUUCAGAAAAGUUUCCAUUUAACCCUCUCCUCAAAACAGGAAGUUUCUGAAGCCCCUCCCCCCCUCAAAUUUUUUUUGGGUGUAAGUUUCCAAACUUGAUUUCUCCCUACUGGUGGCAUGGUGGUCAGUUGGUUGUUUUAGGGGUAUUUGUUUUUUGGAAGUUUUUGAGAAAAAUCCCUCCAACUCCUCUGAAGUGAUGUGAGGGUGCAAAAAUAUACACUUAUUGCCUUGUAAAAAGAAACAUAUGAACCACACUUUAACAGGGUUGCAACAAAAGCACCUCAAGUUUGAAAGUUAGCAUGGGCAUAGUCUCACUGAGGAGUAGAGCCUUAGCUGAGUCUGGUCUAAAAAUUGCUUCCUCUUCCCAAAGUGUUUGAAAAAUUAUUUCCAAGCAUGUUCCAUCAACAACUGUUUUCGUAAAACUUUGCACCUCCUCUGAUAAACAUUCUCUCCGCCUAACUUGACCAAGUGAUCAUGGUAAGGUAGGUUAAAUAUUGAACUUUAGCUAUGUGCUAGUGUCCCGUUAUAAAAUGACACACCAUCUCCAGGGGUUUAGUUUUGUGUUGAUAUUUUUACACUAAAAAUACGUUGCUUAAGCAGAUCUCGUUAACAGCAGGAUGAUAGAAAUGCAUAUAAUUUAGCAUAUUACACAAACACUUUGCCAAUAUUGAAUUUAAACUAACCCAUUUAGAGAUUAAAUAAAAUAUUUUUAUAAGCAGGUAUAAGAAUGGCCCUAGUGGGUCAGACCAGUGGUCUAUCUAGCGCAAUAUCCUGUCUUCUGACAGUAGCCACUGCCAGAUGCUUCAGAGGGAGUGAACAGAACAGGGCAAUUUAUUGAGUGAUCCAUCCCAUCAUCCAGUCCCAGCAAUCAAAAGUAUGCAAAGAGCAAUAUGAGCACCAAGUUAUCUAUAUUCUAGCAUGACUUGUUUGAAGGGAAAGAGAAACCCUAUUGUCCCAUACUUACUAUUUCAGUGAUCGAAACACAAGUGAGUGAGUUUUACAAGAUAUUUCUAACCAUUUAAGUGCUGAAUACAACUGGUUGAGAAAUGUCAAUGACCAAUAAACAUUUUCCAUCUUUUUCCAGCCAGCUCUGAAUAGUAGUAAACUUAAUUAUAAGCUGAACAAGGGCCUUCCUUGUAUUUUCAGACCUCUAAGUCAAGUGACAAUCAAACUUUGGCAUAGUUAGAAAACAAAGGAAUGGAUGUGUAUCUGGACCAUAAAAUUUACAAUAGCCAAUAUGAUUCCCCUAGGGCCUCAGUGCUUUGUUCUCAAUAUUUGAAGCAUCUGACAAAAAUACUUGUUUUAUUUUUAAAAACCUAGCUGACGUGAGGCUAGUACUGUCCUCCACAGAAUUUAAAUUUGCUAUUCUUUCCAAAAACCAGUGAUGCAUAUAGAGCCAAUGGGAGUUUUUCUAUUGUCUUGGAAGGGAAAUAGAAGUGGGUUCUUACUAAUACAGCAUAAAUAUUUCUCCCUAUGUACAGAGCCAUCUCUCUGAUUUGUGAGUCAAGUUUGUGCUGUUACAAUUUUACCAAUAGGUUACAAUCUGCAUGUUAGAAUCUGUUUUAGACUGUACUAGAUUAUGGGUUUCCUGUAGCAAUUUGUGCUUUAAGAUGGGAAACAUACACAGUCCCUUAUGUGUCAGCAUAAUGCUAUCUUACUAUUCUGGAGAUGCAGUUUGGAAAUUAAAUGUGUAUCUGCUGACAGAAAAAUAUUUUUCUAAGGUGUAUCUAACAAUGUGAGUUUAUUUGUGAUUGUUGCAGUGUUCAUGAGGUUUUUUUUUUCCUGAGCUCCUCUGAACAUUUUAUUUCUUGUGCUGUAACUACACAGGUGCUAUAGCCACUUGCUACUUUGAGAAAAAGAACACCACACAAUUGAUUGGUGCUGACUCAUAAAAGCCCGUCUUUGAAACAAAACACAGCUGCUGACUCCAUCUCUGUUUAUAACAUGGGGAUAGUGCUGCAAAAAUGUUGCAUUUUUCAUGAUUUAAAAAUAAUUUUGUUUGUGGAUAUCUGUAUUAACUUGUUUAAAACAUACAAAUAAAUUUUAUGAAAUUUUA